GGCAGAUAAACCUGAAUACCAGAAUCGCUUUGCAAUGUACUCGCCUCACUCUCUGUAGUGGAGUGAGCUGUCACCUGCAUAGUGACCCCGGUUGGCCCGAGCGGUGAAACCCAGGAGGUGGAAAGGCCGACACUCUCACUACUGAAACCUGGAGCGGCUGGGAACCACAAAGCGACGGGAAGGUGCCCUCCCGCUGGCAUCCACCUGGGGAGCCCUGGGGAGCAGCGCGCAGAGCCCGGGCGCUUGGGGAGGAAGCACUGCCUCCCGCAGCCCAAGGGGACAUCGGAGUUAGCCAGCUGCUGCGGAGAUGUGAUCCAGCCCCGCCGCCCAUGCGCGCACCCGGGACCCCUGCCCCCGGUCCCCCGGGCCUGCCUUUGCUGCUGCUGCUGCUGCUGCUGCUUUGGGUGGCACAGUCCGGAUGUGCAGUUCCCUGUGUCUCUGGCAGUUUGCCUAAACCUACAAAUAUCACCUUCUUAUCUGUAAACAUGAAGAACGUCCUACAGUGGAAUCCACCAGAAGAUCUGCAAGGCAUUGAAGUUAGGUACACUGUGCAGUACUUCAUAUAUGGGCAAAAGAAAUGGCUGAAUAAAUCCGAAUGUAGAAAUAUCAAUAGAACCUACUGUGAUCUUUCCGCUGAAACUUCUGACUAUGAACACCAAUAUUAUGCCAAAGUUAAGGCCAUUUGGGAAACAAAUUGUUCUAAAUGGACUGAAACUGGACGAUUCUAUCCUUUUUUAGAAACACAAAUUGGCCCACCGGAGGUUACCCUGACCACUGACGAAAAGUCCAUUUCUAUUGUCCUGACGGCUCCAGAGAAGUGGAAGAGAAAUCCAGAAGACAGAACAGUUACCAUGCAACAAAUAUACUCCAAUCUGAAGUACAACGUGUCCGUGUAUAACACCAAAUCAAAAAGAAUGUGGUCCCAGUGUGUCACCAACCACACGCUGGUGCUCAGCUGGUUGGAGCCUAACACUCUGUACUGUGUCCACGUGGAAUCCUUUGUCCCAGGGCCCCCUCGCCACAUGCGACCUUCUCAGAAGCAGUGUGUCAGUACUUUGGAAGAUCCAUCAUCAGCGUUGAAAGUUAAAAUCAUCUUCUGGUAUGUUUUGCCCAUAUCUGUAAUCGUGUUUCUUUUUUCUGUGAUUGGCUACUCCAUCUACCGAUAUAUCCACGUUGGCAAAGAGAAGCACCCAGCAAAUCUGAUUUUGAUUUAUGGAAAUGAAUUUGACAAAAGGUUCUUUGUGCCUGCUGAAAAAAUCAUGAUUAACUUUAUCACCCUCAGUCUUUUGGAUGAUUCUAAAAUUCCUCAGAAGGAUAUGAGUUUACUGGAGAGAAGUAGGGACGGAUCCAACCUUAAUGAUGCUGAGUCCCUCGGGGACCCAGAGCCCCAUCCAGAGGAAGUGGAGACCAUAAACCUAGGUUAUGCUUCCCAUUUGAUGGAAAUUUUCUGUGACUCCAAGGAGAACACCAAAGGAACUUCUCUAACCCAGCAAGAGUCAUCCCGCAGAACAAUCGCCGCAGGUAAAGCAGUUGUGGAAUAUGAGUAUGACGUAACAACUGACAUCUGCAGGGGGCCUGAAGAUGAAGAGCUCUGUGUGCAGGAAUUGGUGUCCACACAAGGAAAAUUAGUUGAGCAACAAGCAGCUUUGGCCAACUUGGGCCCACAGAUGUUACUGGGUUCCUAUACCCCUCGGCUCAGCGACUUGCUUCACCUGGAACUCCAGCAAACAGGCUCAGAAGAGGGGCUAGAGGAAGAGCCAUCCACAACACUGGUGGAUUGGGACCCUCAGACGGGCAGGCUGUGUAUACCUUCAUUAUCUACCUUUGACCAGGACUCCCAGGGCUGUGAGCAUCAUGAGCCUGACCAACUCUCAGAGGAGGGCCUUUUGUCUAGACUCUAUGAGAAACAGGCACCAGGCAAGCCACCAGAAGAGAAUGAAAACUAUCUCAAGCAAUUUAUGGAGGAAUGGGGAUUGUAUGUACAAAUGGAAAACUAACCCAAGACUUCCCUACCAUGACUCAGUGCAAACAAACGAGGGACCCAACAAUAAAGAACCUGGACUACAAGUAGUGUAUUCAGAUUCAUCGGGGUCAGCAAGAACGAGUUAUUUCUUCUUCCUGUUCUCCUUUGCACUUGUUUGGUCCUGCCUCCUGUGGGUGUCUGGCUCACACAUGUGGGUCUCUUGCAUGUGCCCCUGGGGUACAGGGACUGGCCACUACUCUAGGCAGAGUGAGCAUUCAGUGAAUGUUUCCCAUGUUGGGUGCAGAACUUAUUCAAGAGGGUGCACUGAGGCCACUUUGUGUAUUAGGUUCUAACAAGCAUACUUCUCCAGUUUUCUUCUGGGCAUUUACCAUGUGCGUGUAAUGCUAUAAAGAUAGUUCAUAAAGGCCAUUCAUGUUACAAUGCUACCUUUCUAGAACAUUUUGAUUUUGAGGAUGAGAUAUUUGAAAAAUAUACAAAAAAAAAAAAUAGGUCAGUGGUACGUAAGUUGGUCACAUGUUAAAGACCAACCCACUCUUCAUUCAUAAUAAUCCAGGCUUAGAGGGAGUAAUCCAGCACAAACCUCCAUGAUGUUACUUGCUUUUGUCUACCCUAAGAGGAGAUACCCUAAGUUCUGGAACAUGAACAUAAAUAAUUAUUCUUUUGUAACAGAAAAAUGCCCCUUCAGUCAUUCAGUAGGGGCUUUUUGUUGUCCCUCAAAACUAACCCAAACAAAAUUGCCACAUUUUAUAAUAGACUAUUACAUUUAUUUCUGGAAAUGUGUUGUUAAAAAGAUAUUUACAUAAUCUGUAAACCAGGGGGUCCCAGAAGCUGGAAUACUAUGUUACUCUUUUAUGUCAAGUAUUUUCAAGUGCCUGGCAGACUCUUUGGGGUAUGUGAGUGAAUAUCCUCUGUCUGCAUAAUAUUAAAAUCAGUAAAUAAACACAGGUCAUAAGAAAAGAUAAUUUAAUGAACUUGGAAAGGAGAGUUUAUUAACAUUUGACAUAAUUUACUGUGGGAACUAAAAUGUACCAUGAAAUAACACCUUCCUGGUUAAAUUCCAGUAACUAUCUCCAUGUCCUUUUCCAAUUGUUUAGACAAUUCUACAGUCAUACUGCAUUAAAAUGUGACAGAAUUUAUAAAGUGGAAUCAUAUAAAAUUAUUGGUAUUUAGUUGUUUGAGAUCUGUGUAAACAGCAAUUACAUAUGGCCUACCUUAAUAUAUAUUUGUUUUAAUCAUGAACUCAUAAUUCACUGAUGCUGUUUCAGAAAAACAGAUACUAUCCAUAUUUUCUCGUCAUGUUUUUAACAAAGGCAGACAACACUGGUAGGAGAGAUGGAUUUGGGGGUCAUGGUCUUUUGUGAUUGUCCACAAAUCCAAACAGUUUAUGAUCUAAUGGUUUAAUUUACAGCAUAAUUAUAUUAACCAGAGUGUUCUGUUCUAACUAUAUUUGUAGAAAUGAUUCUGUUGUUUUGAAGAGCAAAAUUUCAACAUGAACUAUAAAAAAAGUUCAGGAGUGCAAGACAAUGAGUUGUUAUUAAGGCAAAAAAAUAAUUGAUAAUAGUUUGGCUUGUUCAUUUCAUUGACAAAAUAUUUAUUGAGCAUCUACUAUAUCUUUCCAUACCCUCAUCUGUGAAAUAAAAAUAACAACCUCCUUUGAGUUGCUUUGAAAAGAGACUAUAGAAGCCACUUACAGCAGUGCCUGGCACAUAAAGGUGCUCUGUAAGCGUUUGUUAUCAUCACUAUUCACUGCCAGAUCAUACGCUUUGUACUGGAAAGAGAAGCCAUUUAGACAUAAGACUAUUUUGAUUCAAAAGCAGUCCUUGCCUCUCUUUAUUUUUCUGACCUGACAGUACUAUAGUAUAUUGCUUCCUGCUCUAUGCCUUCAGAUUCAAAUCCCUCAGGGGUUAAACCACAUUUUCUGGCUUUUGAAAAGGGAAUCUAAUUCUGAGUUGCUUUUCCAUCUCUUGUCAUUCUAGGCAUGCCAGAAGUACUGAGCUUUUCUCUAAUUUUGCUGCUUCAGUACUUUACAACAUACAUGUAUACACAGGUGGUCCCUGGCUUAAUGAUGGUUCAACUUGAUGAUUUUUCAGCUUUUCCAUGGUGCAAAAGCCAUACACAUUAUGAAGAAACCUUACUUCAAAUUUUGCAUUUUAAUCUUUUCCUGGGCUAGCAAUUUGGGUUAUGAUCCUCUCUGCACCAAGCCACAGCUGCGAGUCAGUUAUGGGAUCCCAGAGGCAACAAGGGACGCUGUGGUGGCCUGCCUCACUGUAUGUGUAGGUUACCAUGACAUGGGUGAGUGUCCCCCAAAGUCCAUACGUUAAAGCCUUGUUGUACAGGGUGGCACUGUUAGGAGGUAGGAGGUUCUUAGCUCAUUGGGGAUGUGCCCUGAAGGACCUGGCUUGUAUUGGGAACGCUGGUCCCACAUACACUCCCAUCAUGAUGUACCAUCCCUGCCAGAGACCCAAAUCCACCCAAUCUUGGGCUUAAGUCUCCAGAAUUCUGAGCCAGAAUAAACCUCUCUUUACUUCAUAAGAAGCCUGUGUAUUUUGUUAUAGUGAUAUGAAGCUGACUGACACAAUUUAUUAAAUGCAUUUUUUACUUAUGUGUUCAAUUUAUAACAAGUGUAUCAGAAUAUAACUCCAUCAUUAGUUGAGGCACAUCUGUAUGCUCAAACUCGAGUACAUGAUAGAUAUUUCUUGUGGGGAAGGGUUACAUCUUCUCAGAUGUAGACAGCUGUCAUGCAUCCUGUCUUCUGUGGCCAGACCUCUCCACUGCCUCUGGGACCUCAUAAGAUUCCAUCUCUAGGCCUGAGGUUCAAGUGUAGCUGUGAUAUUGAAGUGUCAGUGACUUUGACAAGUCAAGUAUACUCAUCCUGCCUCUAGGCACCCCUCAAUUCUAGAGCUUUACAUGGUCCUUCCACAUCAGAUUGAUUUUCCUUGUGACAACAUGUCUUAGUGACUAUUUCCAUACCCUAUAAAUCCUAAACAACUAGGAAACAAAACUGAGUGUCAUAAGGGUAGAAAGAAAGCAAAGUGAGCUUGUCACCUCAGGCUGUAAAAUGAGAAAGAUCUAGUGCCCUGGGCUGAGCUCAGCUCCAAAAAAAAAUCAGUACAGCAAGGAAAAACUAUUCGUACAGCCCAGAGCACAAGCCUGCCCAGGGUGAUGAAUCUAAUGAGAACAUUAAACAGAGGGCUUGAUCAUCAUGGAUGGGUGCACCUGGGUCAUAAAUCAAAUUCCUUCUGGCCCACACAUUACCACCCCCACAUCUUGCAGAUGAGUUUAGGCUAAAUUAACCUAGAAUUGUUUUUCUUGAUUUUCUUUUUGUUCCCCACGUUGUAUCAACCAUAAAUCUUCCAUCUACAUUUUUUUUCAAAGAUUGCUCAAAAACAUGUGCCUAUAGUUUUACAAUAAAUAAUGCUAUGGCUGUGGGUAUUUUAAUAGUAGUUUUUAUUUUUUAUUAUUGAAGAUGUAUAU